ACCACUCUUACUCUACCGUCCGUGCCUUGCUUCCUUCCCUCUCUCUCUCCUCUCAUAAAAGUUUCGUCGGAAGAGAGCACAGAAGCCCAAAGAAACAAUCACAAAAACAAAAAAAAUAUUUAAAAAAUACAAAAAUAUAAAAUAAAAUUAAAAAAAUAAGUAUUAAAUUAAAGUAAGCGAGACUCAAAUCUCUCUUCUCUCUCUCUCUCUCUAUUCCUCUUGUUCGUCUCUCGCUCGCUGUUUGAGGGAGAAAGUUCUGAUGCUGUUCCUCUUCCUGUUAGCAAAUCUCUCGGUCUCCACUUCCUUCCUCAUAGACUCUAUCUUUCUCUAUCUUCCUAUCUAAAAUCUUGAACUUUCAUUCUCUCCGCCGACGCUUCAGAGAAUUCGAGGACAGCGUGGGGAUGUUCUUCAGCUUCAAAUGUUUCGAAUUCAAAGACCAUUUUUCUGGAGUGUUAUUGUGAUGUUACAUAAUUACUACGUCUUUAGCACUACCAUAUUAUAAUAGAUUUUAGAGUUUGAUGUCAAAUUGAUUUAAGUGUGUCAAACUGCAUUUUUCAUUUAUAGAGAUUGAUUUCUUGUGAGAGAUGUGUGUUAUUUUUCUUUAAGUUCCCUUGGUUUGCUUUCAAAAAUUUGAAGAAUAAACAAAGAAGAAGAGGAAGAAGAGAAAGAAUUGUAUUUGAUGGGUAAUAAACUCGGAAGGAGGAAGCAGGUGAUCGAUGAGAAGUACACAAGGCCUCAGGGGCUUUAUCACCAUAAAGAUGUGGAUCAUAAGAAGCUCAGGAAGCUCAUACUAGAGUCUAAGCUUGCUCCAUGCUAUCCUGGAGAUGAAGAAUGCACCUGUGAUCUUGAGGAAUGCCCAAUUUGCUUUCUGUAUUAUCCAAGCCUCAAUGGGUCAAGAUGUUGCAAGAAAGGAAUUUGUACAGAGUGCUUUCUACAGAUGAAGGUUCCCAAUUCAACACGUCCUACACAGUGUCCUUUUUGUAAAACCUCGAAUUAUGCUGUGGAAUAUCGGGGAGUCAAAACAAAAGAAGAGAAGGCUCUUGAGCAAAUAGAAGAGCAACGAGUUAUUGAAGCGAAAAUUAGGAUGCGUAAACAAGAACUUCAGGAGGAUGAAGAGAGACUGCUGAAAAGACAAGAGUUGAAUUCAUCAAGCAGAAACAUGGCACCUGUGGACGUGGAGUAUAGCUCGCCAAAUGUUCUAUCUUCAACAUCACAUGUUGAAGGUGAAGAAAUUAUUUCUUCUCAAGACUCAUGUUCUGCCUCAAUGUUUAGAUCACCUCCACCACCAAGGGUUAACAGGGAUGAUGAAUUUGACAUGGAUCUUGAGGAUAUAAUGGUCAUGGAAGCAAUCUGGCUGUCUAUUCAGGAGAAUGGCAGACAGAGAACACCAACUUAUGUAGAUGCGGCUUCUUCUGAACAGUAUGUAACAGAAGAUCGUUAUGUCUCACCAGCCAUAGCUCCAGUUGUUGGAUCAUCGUCGUUGUCAUCACCAUCUGGGGGACUUGCUUGUGCAAUAGCUGCCCUUGCAGAGCGCCAGCAAAUGGGUGGAGAAUCCUCCAGUAAUCCUGAUGGGAAUGGGUCAGCGUUCAAUAUGGUUCCAGGGACUAGCAGGUUCUACAACAGGGUGGAUGGAGAAGUGGAGAAUUAUCCACCUGCAGUGAGCUCCACUGAUGUAUCACCUAAUGGCCAGAUGGCUUCGACAAGGGAUGACAGAGAAUGGAAUGUUGACCAUGGAUCAGAGGUGGCUGAAGCAGGGACCAGUUAUGCUGGCUCUGAUGCAGCAGAAGAUGGUAGCAGUAUAUCUGCCUUGCCACCGUCUGAUCAAGUUGAGGACAGCCUUCAAAAUGUCCCAGAGCCCAUUAUUCCUGAGAGCUUUGAAGAGCAGAUGAUGUUGGCCAUGGCUGUUUCUCUGGCAGAGGCUCAAGCCAUGACCAGUGGACCUGGUGUUUCCUGGCAGUAAUCUUAGGUCAUGUUAGUGGCAAUUGUAUUUCUCAAACAGAGCAUACCAUGACCACUUAAUUAGCUGAGUCUCUCAAGCUAGGGAAACUGCACAAGAAGCGGCACAAAAGCUUGUUUCAAGGUCCAGGCAGUGGCGAUUCUCUCAAUCUUUACCUCCCUCCGACCUCUAUAUAGAUGUGAAAGGAAACAGAUUAUUCUAGUGAAUGAAAGGCUUAUUGUUUUGCUAUUUUUUUAUAAUGAUUUUUUCAUACCCCCACAUUUCUAGCCGAAAUAUUGGUUGAAAAGUCCCCUUGGAAAUGAUAUCAGUUGGUUCCACAUUA